ACCAGUUGGCAACAAACCGAGCCGCAUCAGACGAUACGACUUGGCAAAGAAUUCGGCAACAACUUGUUUACAUUUUCUAAGGGCACGCUAUCCGAAAUACAGGUCAUGCUUUUGUCCACAAUCAGUCUUCGUCAGCAAUCUGUAGUUCGUUAUCUUGUUCCCUUAGUAAUAGAUUUUCAUAACCCACGUCGUCUGGGCUCAGCUAUCGAUCUUCGCGACACUUCCUACUUCGCGCCUGUGAGACAUUUUAGUCGUUCAACUUUCGCCAUGAGUUCCUCGAAAUUUCAGUUAUCCAAAAAAUAUGAGGGCCUGGAGAAAAAUGUUUGGGUUGAAUUUAUUGAUUUAGCCAUUAAACACAAACCUCUCAAUCUUGGUCAAGGGUUUCCUGAUUUUGCUCCACCAAAGCAUGUAACAGAUGCUCUAGCAGACGUAGCCAACGGCGACAACAUCUUGCUGCAACAGUAUACCAGAGGAUAUGGUCAUCCUCGUUUGGUUCAAGCCCUCUCCAAACUAUACAGCCAACACAUAGGCAGGACAAUUGAUCCUCUGACAGAGAUACUGGUUACUGGUGGUGCUUAUGAAGCUCUCUUCUGUACCAUUAUGGGAUGUAUCAACCCUGGAGAUGAAGUCAUUAUAAUCGAGCCCUUUUUUGAUUGCUAUGAACCCAUGGUUCGCCUUGCCGGUGGAACACCCGUCUUCAUCCCUCUCCGACCUAAAAUUGGCGAAGAGGGCCAUUCGUCUGAAUGGAGAUUAGACGAAGCAGAAUUAACUUCGAAAUUUACUAGUCGCACGAAAGCUAUCAUAGUCAACACACCCAAUAAUCCACUGGGGAAAGUCUUUACGCAGACAGAGCUCGAAUUUAUCGGCCAGCUAUGCAUCAAGUGGGACGUCAUGUGUAUCAUGGAUGAGGUGUACGAGUGGCUUGUUUAUGAACCCUACCGCCACUUUCGAAUGGCUUCGCUACCUCACAUGUGGGACCGCACAAUUACAGUUUGCUCAGCCGGAAAGACUUUUAGUGUGACAGGAUGGAAACUGGGAUGGGCAUACGGUCCAUCCCACCUGAUGCGCAACUUGUGUGUGGCACAUCAAAAUGCUCUGUAUACAUGCGUCACACCGACUCAGGAAGCCGUCGCUCGCGGACUAGAAAUUGAACUAGAAAGAUUAAACACCGAAGAAAGCUAUUUCAAAUCGUUGCCAAAACUCUUGGAGUCAAAACGAGAUUACAUGGCAAAAUUUCUGACAGAUGUUGGGAUGAAGCCCAUCAUUCCCGAAGGAGGUUAUUUUAUGGUCGCCGAUUGGUCAGCUCUAGAGCCCCAUGCCGAUCUGAGCGAAAAGAAAUAUUCCCAAAAAGAUUACUGUUUUGUUGAAUGGCUAACGCGAGUCAAGAAGUUGGCUGGUAUUCCUCCUACAGCGUUCUAUUCCGCCGAAAAUAAGAAUCUAGGAGAAAAUUAUAUACGCUUUUGUUUCAUCAAAGAGGACGCUAAUUUGCAGAAAGCCGAAGAAAUCCUCAAAGAAUGGAAGAAAAGCAUGUAGAACCAGCAUCAAGCAAGUAAUAACUAGAGAAACUACGUAAGAAACGAUACAUUUUAAUGAUCAUUAUAUACUUGAGUUUCGUUUACUCCUGGAAGGCUCCAAAAUUUCGUGUUUUCAAAUACAGACCUCACGGAUAGGAAAUUUGCAGGAGAA